AGGCCAGGGGGCACCCAUGGGUGCCGGGGUGACAGGGACCUCGUGCAUGGGUGCAGGCCAGGGGGCACCCAUGGGUGCUGGGGUGACAGGGACCUCGUGCAUGGGUGCUGGGUGACAGGACCUUGUGCAUGGGUGCCAGUGAGCUCUUGCAUGUCGGUGCCAGGGGACAAGGGUGUCACGUCGGUGCGGGGACGCAGGGACCUCGUGCACGGGUGCAGGCCAGGUGGCACCCAUAGGUGCUGGGGCGCAGGGACUCUGUGCACGGGUGCAGGCCAGGUGUUGCACGUCGGCAGCAGGAUGCAGGGACCUCGUGCCUUGUCACCGGGGCGCGGGGACCUCGUGCGUGGGCGCAAGUGAGGUCUCGCACGUCAGUGCAUGGGUGCAGGAGUGCAGCGGCCUGGGGGAUAUGCCCGGCUCCUUCGUGCCCACGGUGACGGCCAUCACCACGAGCCAGGACCUGCAGUGGCUGGUGCAGCCCACCCUCAUCUCCUCGGUGGCCCAGUCGCAGCCGCCGGGGGGGGCCAUGGCCCACCAGCAGCCGCCCCCCCCCACCGCCCCCGUCGACCCCUACGACCUGCCGGGACCCAGCUACUCGACGCCGGGCAUGGGCGCCUUCGGCACGGGCCCCUCGCCGGCGGCCGCCCGCCCUGCGCGCGCCCGGCCCCGCCGCAGCCGCGAGGAGACGCUGACGCCGGAGGAGGAGGAGAAGCGGCGGGUGCGCCGGGAGAGGAACAAGCUGGCCGCUGCCAAGUGCCGCAACCGGCGCCGGGAGCUCACGGACCGGCUGCAGGCGGAGACGGACCAGCUGGAGGAGGAGAAAGCGGAGCUGGAGUCGGAGAUCGCCGAGCUGCAGAAGGAGAAGGAGCGCCUGGAGUUCGUGCUGGUGGCCCACGCGCCCGGCUGCAAGCUCCCCUUCGAGGACGUCGGCGAGCUGAGCGCCGCCGCCGCCGAGGUGAGCUCCCUGGGGCUGCCGGGCAAAGAGGAGCCGUUCGGGCCCGCCGCCUUCCUGCCCUUCCAGCCGAGCCAGGCCCCCGGCGCCGAGGGCCCCUUCCCCAGCUGCUGCUUCGCGCCCGGCGCCCCGCCUAACCCCUCCUAUACGUCUUCGUUUGUGUUCACCUACCCAGAGGGAGCGACCUGCGGAGCCUCGCAUCAGCGGAGCAGCAGCAGCGACCAGUCCUCGGACUCCUUGAAUUCUCCCUCGCUACUCGCGUUGUGAACGGCCCCCGCCCCCCCCAAACUGCCCCCCCCCUCAAAAACCGGGGUGCUCCAGCCCUUGGCGCCUUCCCUGGGGAGGGGGUUUUCUUCUCCUGGCUCUUGUGACCCCGGCUGGGGUGUGUUUGGUGCGAUGGGAAGGGGGGUUUGGGGGGGAUCUGGCGCCUCGGUGGAGUUGGGGGGGGAUCUGGCACCUCUGGGGGGGGGAUUGUGCGGCGUCUCCGUUGUCCCAAGAGGGUCUAUGUGGCCUCGCCGUCCUCCUGGAGGUGUCCGUGCAGCAUCUUCCUCCUCCUAGAGGGGUCCAUGCAGCCUCCCUGUCAUCCCAUGAGGGUCUGGGCAGCAUCUUCCUCCUCCUAGAGGGGUCCAUGCGGCCUCAUCAUCAUCCCAUGAGAGUCUGGGCAGCAUCUUCCUUGUCCCAGUGGGUCCAUGCGGCCUCCUCAUCAUCCCAUGAGGGUCUGGGCAGCAUCUCCCCUGUCCUAGAGGGGUCCAUGCGGCCUCCUCAUCAUCCCAUGAGGGUCUGGGCAGCAUCUCCCCUGUCCUAGAGGGGUCCAUGCAGCCUCCUCAUCAUCCCAUGAGGGUCUGGGCAGCAUCUUCCUCCUCCUAGAGGGGUCCAUGCGGCCUCCUCAUCCUCCCAUGAGGGUCUGGGCAGCAUCUCCCCUGUCCCAGAGGGGUCCAUGCCGCAUCUCCAUCACCCCACGAGGGCCCGUGCAGCCUCUCCGUCAUCCCCAGAGGGUCUGUGCAGUAUCUGUCGCCCUCCAGCACCUCGGAGGGUCCUUCCACCACCCUGGGGGUCCACGCAGCAUCUCCAGCACCCCCGAGGUGCCCCUGCUGCGUCUCCCUUAUCCCAAGAGGGUCCCUGGGGCCUCUCUAGCAGUCCAGGAGGGUCGGAGCAGUAUCUCCGUCACCCUCCCGGGGGGGUCUCCAGCGCCUUGCAGGACCUCUCCCUCACCGUGGGGGUCCCUGUGGCCUCUCCACCACCCCGGGGGUCCACGUAGUAUCUCCGUCACCCUCCCGGCGGGGUCUCCAGCGCCUUGCGGGGCCUCUCCAGCGCUGUGGGGGUCCGCGUAGCCUCUCCACCUUCCCAAGAGGGUCCGUGCGCUAUUGCUGUUGCCCUCCUCGAGGGGGUCUCUGGCAGAUGAAGGGGUCUCCUCCGUCACCCGGGGAGUCCUUUUGGCGUUCCUGUUGGCCGGAGGUGUCCGUGCAACCUCUCCAUCAUCCCCAGAGGGUCCGUGUGACAUCUGUCACCCUUCUGGGGGGGGGUCUCCAUCGCUCUGGGAGUCCAUUCGGUGCCUCUGUCACCCGGAGGUGUCCAUGUGGCCUCUCCAUCAUCCCCAGAGGGUCCGUGUGGCCUCUCCAUCAUCCCGAGAGGGUCCAUGCAACCUCUCCAUCAUCCCCAGAGGGUCCAUGUGGCAUCUCCUGUGCUUGGGACACCCCCAUCGCCCCGGGGGGGGGUCCCACCAGCAUCUCCGCCACCCCGGAGUUGCCUGUGCCCCAUUGCUGUCCCCCCGGGGCGGGGGGUCGAGGCCGUGUUCCCGUCACCCCCGAGGUGUCUCCCCCGCCUUGCGGGAGGCUGCAUGGCAUCUCCAGCGCCCUGGGGUGUCCCUGUGUCCGUCGCCCGAGGGGGUCCCCGCCCUGUCCCCCAGGACCCCCUGGUGCCUGCGGCCCCCCCGCCCUGCGCCGUCCCUCUCGCGUGACCAAGCUUCGCCAGCGUUGACUCUGUUUUCUCUUUCUAUAUAUAUUAUAUAUAUAUUUUUGUUGCGUGCGUGCGGCCGGCUCCGCGGGGCCGCCCGCCACCGGGAGAUGUUUAAUUUUUUAUUAUUAUUAUUAUUAUUAUUGCCUGUGCUGUAUUUGUGACUCUGUUAGGGGGGCCCGGCCCCCCCCCCCCGCCCCGCGUCCGCGCUCGCCCCACCCGCAACGUGGCCAAUAAAACCCGCUUUGGAUCGGC